AUGAGUGAAAGUGAGGAGACUAGAUUCCAAAUGGAAUAUUUUUGCAAAGCGCGAAAUGCAAUCAUAAAGAGAGCAAACCAGAUAUCCACUCUUUGUGCCACAAAUGUGGUUAUCAUAUGUUUCUCUAUUUGUGGUCAAAUGUUUGUAUCUGGUGAUGAAUCUAUAAUCAAUGCCUUUGAAGAAGAAACUGUUGUAGCACCCCAGUGCACAUUCACAUGCACCAAUCACAAAUCCCCAGGAUUUUUUAAGCUUAAAAGAUGGAGAAACAAGAACAACAACUCUUGUUCCUCAUCAUCUGUUUCCUCUCGCCGCAAGGAGAAAAAUGGUGUCAAAAGUCCCAUAAAUCCCCCUGUGAAUAUGUAUGAGUUUUCAGACAAGCUCAAUUUGCCUCAAAUCGAACAAUUAGAGGAGAAGAUGAAAGGAUUCAAAGAGAUAAUAGCUCAACAGUAUCUAUUCCUAAGCGCUCAACAGAAUGUGUUAGAAUCAUCCACCAUGCAAAAGGAUUGGUUAAAGCUUUGA